GCCAUUCAUUCAGGACGCCCGUGCUGUAACCAGCUACAUCAUCAGCGCGCGCCUGCUGGGUUGCUCGCGCCAUUCCUACAAGCGUGUAUUUCUUUUGGCAGCGCUAGAACUGCUAGCAGCCACCGUCAAAAGCAGUUUGUGUUUUUUCUGCCGUCAUUCUUUUAGGUAUAUCCAGCUAUGGAUAUGGACAGUGCCAGUUCGGUGGUGCUGCAGGCCCUGACCCAAGCCACCAGUCAGGACACAGCUGUGCUCAAGCCUGCGGAGGAGCAGCUUCGACAGUGGGAGACCCAGCCGGGCUUCUACUCGGUCCUGCUGAAUAUCUUCAAUAACCACAUGCUGGAUGUGAACGUCAGGUGGCUGGCUGUGCUGUACUUCAAAAAUGGCAUUGACAGAUACUGGAGGAGAGUUGCCCCUCAUGCUUUGUCGGAAGAGGAGAAGAUGUCAUUGCGUGCUGGUCUCAUCACGAACUUCAACGAGCCUGUCAACCAGAUUGCAACCCAGAUCGCAGUGCUGAUAGCCAAGGUGGCCCGUCUGGACUGCCCCAGGCAGUGGCCAGAGCUCAUCCCCAUCCUGCUGGAGUCAGUGAAGGGCCAGGACGGCCUACAGCAACACAGAGCCUUGCUAACCUUCUAUCAUGUCACCAAGACCCUGGCAUCCAAACGCCUGGCACAAGACAAACGGCUUUUCCAGGAUCUGGCAUCGGGCAUCUACAGUUUUGCCUGCUCCCUGUGGAGCCACCACACCGACUGCUUCCUCCAGCAGAUCUACGCCAGAGACGAGGCUGCUGCGCUCAGCUCACUGGAGAGGACGCUGCUUUCUCUCAAAGUUCUUCGCAAGUUGACAGUCCAUGGAUUCCAGGAGCCACAGCAGAAUAUGGAAGUGAUGGGCUUUCUAAAUGCGGUGUUUGAAAGACUAAAACAGUUCCUGGAAUGCUGUCGGCAGGUUGGUCCAGACAGCACAUGCAGAGAGAAGCUGGAGAAGACGAUCAUACUGUACACUAAAGUGUUGUUGGACUUCCUGGAGUACCAUCCAUGUGCAUUUAUCCCCCUAAUUCAGCGUUCCCUGGAGUUUGCUGUCAGCUAUGUAUUCACACCCGCUGGGGAGGGAGUGACCUUUGAACGCUUCAUUGUCCAGUGCAUGAACCUCAUCAAGAUGAUUGUGAAGAACGAUGCCUACAAACCUGCCAAAAACAUAGAUGACAGUAAACCAGAGAGUUUGGAGGCUCAUAGGAUCAAGACAGCAUUUUUCACACACCCCACUCUCACAGAGAUUGGACGCCGUCUUGUCUCACACUACUUCCUCCUCACAGAGGAAGAGCUGGCGAUGUGGGAAGAAGACCCUGAGAGCUUUGCUGUUGAAGAAACAGGUGGUGACUCAUGGAAAUACAGUCUGCGGCCUUGUACAGAAGUAUUGUUCCUGGAUAUCUUCCACAACUACAGCCAAACCCUGACGCCAGUACUACUAGAGAUGGUUCAGAAUCUCCAAGGCCCAACCAGUGUGGAGGACCCUGUCCAGUUACUGAUGAAGGACGCAGUGUACAAUGCAGUGGGACUGGCAGCUUAUGAGCUGUUUGACAAUGUGGAUUUUGACCAGUGGUUCAAGAAUCAGCUUCUGGGGGAGUUGCAAGUCAGCCAUCACAGGUACAAGCUGAUUCGCCGGAGGGUCAUAUGGCUGAUAGGUCAGUGGAUCUCUGUCAAGUUCAAAUCUGACCUUCGACCUUUACUCUAUGAAGUAAUCCUCAGCCUCAUGCAGGACCCUGACCUGGUGGUGCGGAUUGAGACGGCUACAACUCUAAAGCUCACCGUUGAUGACUUUGAGUUCCGGACGGAACAGUUCCUCCCGUACCUUGAGUCUAUCUUCGGGCUGCUCUUCCAGUUGUUACAGCAGGUGACAGAGUGUGACACUAAAAUGCAGGUGCUGCAUGUCAUCUCCUGUGUCAUCGAGAGAGUAAACAUCCAGAUCCGGCCAUACGUGGGCUGCCUUGUUCAGUACCUGCCUCUGCUUUGGAAACAAUCUGAAGAACACAACAUGCUGCGAUGUGCCAUACUCACCACACUCAUCCACCUGGUGCAGGGACUGGGAGCAGAGAGUAAGAACCUAUACCCCUUCCUGCUCCCUGUCAUCCAGCUGAGCACCGAUGUUUCCCAGCCGCCACAUGUCUACCUGCUGGAGGACGGACUGGAGCUUUGGCUGGUAACACUGGAGAACAGCCCAGCUAUCACCCCCGAGCUGCUCAGAAUUUUCCAGAACAUGUCAGCUUUACUGGAGCUGAGCUCCGAGAACCUGCGGACCUGCUUCCAGAUAGUCAACGCCUACAUUUACUUGUCGGCCACAGAGUUCCUGCAGAACUACGCCGAAGCCCUGUGUCGAUCCUUCUGUGACUUACUCAAAGACAUCACCAAUGAGGGACAGGUCCAAGUGCUCAAGGUGGUGGAGAUAGCUCUAAAGGUUAGUCCCAUACUGGGAGCCCACAUGUUUCAGCCCCUGCUGCCAGCUGUCUUCAGAGGUAUUGUAGAUGGCGAGAGAUACCCGGUGGUGAUGUCCACUUACCUAGGCAUAAUGGGCCGGGUGCUUCUCCAGAACUCCAGUUUUUUCUCCUCCCUGCUCACUCAGAUGGCAUCUGAGUGCAACCAGGAGAUGGACCAGUUGUUGGGCAGUGUGAUUGAGAUGUGGGUGGACCGCAUGGACAACAUCACCCAGCCUGAGAGGAGGAAACUGUCAUCCCUGGCCCUGCUUUCCCUCCUGCCAUCUGACAACAGUGUGAUCCAGGACAAGUUCUGUGGCAUCAUCAACAUCUGUGUGGAGGCACUACAUGAUGUGAUGACAGAAGAUCCUGACACAGGCACAUUCAAAGACUGCAUGCUAAUGAGCCAUUUUGAGGAGCCCAAGUUGAGUGACGAUGAGGAGCCACCUACCGAGCAGGACAAGAGGAAGAAACUGCUGGCCCUAGAGGACCCGGUGCACAGUGUCUCUCUCCAGCAGUUUGUCUACGAGAAGCUGAAGGCCCAGCAGGCGAUGAUGGGAGACCAGGGCUUCGGGGUCCUGAUGGAGACCGUGGACACAGAGAUUGUCAGGCAGCUCCAAGAGUUCCUCCAAGGCCUCUGAAUCACAGUGGUGGCCUGUCUCUACAAUCCAUUACUACCUUACACACAUCUUUGCCUAAAGCAUACUUGUGCCCUCCCCCCCUUUUAAAAACCUACUGGAAAGGGUAACAACCUUGGCCUCUUCUUUGUAUGGGUUCCUGAUCCAAACUUUCCCAACCUCUACCCAUGCUAAGCCUUAUCUAUAUCCAGACUUGACCUCGUUGACUACCCUCAGCUAAUACUCCCCACCCAUCCCAACCCAACCCAACUCCCACCCAGUCUCUUUCCUUGAUUCCUUAGCCUUCUUCCCAUAGAAAAACAAAACCUUGGCAUUUUUGAAACACCCACAUAGAAUCUUCACUACACUAGAGCUUCCAUUCCAUUCUUCUUCUAGUUUCUUCUCUCUCUGUAGUUUUAGCAUGGAAUGGGUAGAAUAUUGGAGGGAUGGAAAAUAAGUUGGGGGUUGGGGGGGCGGGUAGAGGACUAGAGCGAUAUAGCAAAAAUUAUCUGCAGGUGCCAGAACAGGAGCCUCGGACUAUUUUCUACGGAAAUACUUAACAGAUUGUAGCUGAAAUGUGGAUAAACCUGACCUGAAGGACCUAAAGCAGUGUUUACAGAAUCUAUUCUUAAAAGAGAAAAAAAGAAGAUAUGUAAUUUUGUAUGUAUGUAAAGUAUGAAUGAUAUUCUGCAUGACAAUAUUUUACUUUUUAGGUCGUUUUUACUUUGUGUUUCUUUUCUUCUGUUUUUGUUUAUUGUUUUGUCAUAGCUAGAGGUCAAGUUGAAGUAACUACUGAGAGAACUAGAGAACCGUCUUUUUUUUUUGUUUGUUUGUUUUUUUUUUGUUUUUUUGAGUCGGAUGGGAGGGGAUGUAUUGACUGUAAAAUGGAUGAUUUUUAAUGGAUGAUUUGUAAACGUGCUGAACCACAUUUAUAUACAUAUAUAUACAUACUGCUGCUAAUUCAUGGUGUGUCAGCACUUUAAUAACCAAAAACUAUUUCACGAGUUUUCAACUUUUCCCGUGGUACGUCUUCUCACAUCAUUGUAGCGUGAUGAUGGAAGGCCUGGGAGCAGUGAUCUUGGAUUGUUACCAUUUAUCAUUCUCCACGCUAACUUUGACAACACGACAUCUCAAGCAGCUGCAGGUGUAACAUGAGAUCUGGCUGUAUGGGCGACUUCACCCUGUUUUGUUUGUUUUGGUUGUUAAAAGCCACUUUUGGUUGGUUAUGCAUCAAAAUGCAUCACUCUAAGAUAAUGUUCUGUAUAGGUGUCUGCUACCUGGUCAUUAUUUCUGAUUUGACUGAUCGUUGCUGAGUUUUAGUGGCAUAGAAGAAGCUUUGAUUGAUUACUUUGAUUUGGCAAGAGAACCAGUUGGUUAUGUAAGUUUUACCAGAAACACUGAGUAUUUGGGAGUUUGGCAAGUCUAUGUUAUGAAGAAAAGUAAUGAAUGACUGUAUAUUGGCACCGAAGUUCUUGAAGAGAUGAAUGAAUGAAUGGGCUUACACCUUAGGCACUUUGACCUGUUUAACACAGGACCCAAAACUGAAAACUUCUGAUCUAAUAAAAAUAAUGUUUGUUGUAACCCGUUUAAAAAAAGGUUUUGUUAUGCUUUGGGUCUCAGCCCAGAGUUUUAAAGACCAGGAUUAUAGAUUAAUAAGGUAUCCUUUCACUAGGUUUGUCAACCUCCCACCGAAGGAGAUAAUCCUGACACUAGCUCCUUUGACACUGUGAUAGAGUUGAGUAGCAGUCAGAAUCAAGGCCUUAUGCUUUCAGCCUUACCUAUCCUUAAAACUCGAAAGACAUUUCUUACUAUUGUUUUCAUUUCUUAUCUAGUUCAACAGUAGAGAAUUUCUGUACUGGUAUUCUGUUAAAGACAGCAACAAUGAAGUUUUGAACACAACACACAGUAGAGGGAUAGUUUUGGAUUCUAAGUUUGGUUAUGUUUUAAUGGGAAUUAAUCCUUGUUGCUUUUUCCAAAGCCUUCAAUAAAAUGCAGUUAUCAGCCAAAA